AUGCUUUGCUCAGGGGGAUACAUUCAGCUGCUUCAUUCAAGAAAGACGCUAUCCUCAAACAGCUUUGUAUCAGAUCUCAAUGGACGAGGGGUGCGAUUGGGUAGAUUUCAGGGUGACGAGGUCGGAGACCCAGAAUGGUUCUAUCCACCACUGGGGUGGACGCCGACAUGGGAUGGAGCACACAUUACUAGUGUUGAAUGUUGGCUCAAGCGUGAGAUGGUGGCCCGGGGAUAUGUCAUGUGGGAUGCAACGCGGCUGGAUUCAAUGGGGGUCAAAGAUAAGUUGGAGCUGCGGCUGGAUGACUCUCUCACUUGCCCCGAUGCACCUGGAGAGCGCACUCUGAGCCCGAACCCAGACCGUCUGAUCAACGAAGAUGCCUAG